GCGCGCCAUAAAGCGGAAGGUGCAGCAACCCGCGCACGCGGUGAAGAAAGUGAGGGUUGGGUGUGUCUUCAAGCUGAGGGCCCACCCACCUUGGUAAGAACCCUUGCUCCCAGUCCCUGGCCCACCCAGGUCUAAAAUAUCUCACCCUCAUUUGGGGUGACUUCACAUCAGAUAUCUCUGGGACCUAAUUUUAUAUGCCAGCAAUCAUGCAGAUCCCAGCUCUGCUGUUCUUGGCCUUAGGGAUGUUAGUCAAGUGAUUGGUCUCCUGAGCCUCAGUUUCUGUGUCUGUAGAGUGGGCAGUACACAUCAAAGGUUACUUUCUAAAUACAUAAUAUGGAGAACUGAAAGUGUAGCCUGGGGGGUUCUCAGAGGUUGAGAUUCUCGCUGACAGGUACCUUAGGGGCUGAGAAGCUGCGUCCUGUGAACGGGUAGCUCGGAAUGCAGAUCAUCUGAGCGUUUUUCGGGGGGGGCUGUGCUCUUCAUCCGAGGUGCCCUGCAGAGCUCUGAAGGUGGUUCCCCCAGGAGUUGAGCAGCGCUCGCUCCUGUGGCCGCGCCCCUCCAGCCUCCCGGCUCUUCUGGGCCCGUGGCCAUGGCCGGACAGGGCGACCGCUGCUACACGUACACUGAGCUCCUGGCCAUCGCCCGGCGCUUCCGGCAGAACCCCAACGAGCUCAUGGUCACGUGGAUCCUGCGGGUGUAUGACCAGGGGGCGCUGGCCCUGGCCCUGAGCUCCAGGGAGCUGCUGAUGCUGGGCGACCUGACCGGCGAUGCCGUCUUCAACUACCACUGCAAGGCUCUGCGGGGCGACGGCAGGACGCUGCUGGCCUGGCUGCUGCUGGCCUGGCGCCAGCGCUGGGAGUCCUUCCUGCACUUCGAGGGCACCGAGCUGCCCUUCCGACCCUGGACCACCAUGGAGGAGGGCAUCCAGCUGGUGCGAGAGCUGGGCAUGCUCGACUGGAUCUACCGCGAGCCGCCGCCGCUCCCCGAGCCUGAGUGGCUGGUGCCCGAGGACAUGCCCUUCACGCAGGGCCUGCAGCGGCGCCUGCUGACGGCCGCGCCCUCCGAGCUGCGGCUCUCGCUGGUCGGCCUGCUGGUCAAGGGCGUGACGGUGCUGGAGGCGGUGAUGGUCAUCCGGACGGUCGCCGACGUGGGCCUGCUCUGGCGCCAGAGCCAGCCGGGCCGCGCCAGGCUCAUGCUGGGGCCCAACCCGACGCGCAAGGACCUCAUGGGCUGGCUGCUGAGCCACGGCAUGCCCAAGGAGCGGGUGGACAAGCAGCCCACCAAGGUCCUGCUGGAGCUGUACAUCCAGGAGGCCGGGCGCAGCCAGACCCGCGACACGCCCGCGCCCGGACAGGAGCAGCCCCCGUGUCCGCCGUACUCCGACCAAGCCUGCGGGGCGGAGCCACCCGUGCGCCACGACUAGGUCUCCCGGGCCUUCGGGGCGACAAACGGGACGUCGUCGGGGAGACGCAAAGCCUUGGUCGGCUCCAGCCGGUGUUCGAGGAGCCCCAGAGAGGGGUGUCCUUGCUCCCUGCCCACCCCGUGGGCAUCGGCCUCCAGAGCUGGUGGAGAGCAGGCAGCGGCUGAUAGCUGCUGUUGCUGGA